AUGAUGUCAGUUGUCUGCGGAGAGCAGCCGAGCAUUCAGAACCAGAACCAGGCGAGCACACGAUCCUCCACAGACUACGCAAUUGAAUGCAGGGAAGUUGGAGUAUAUCUGCAUGCCCCGCAGUCGCAAGAGCAUGAGUUGUGUGUCAACAACUACUGCGUACUAGAGAAGACACCUCCAAUUCAUAAACUCAUCCGUUUACCACCAGAAGAAAUGAUUCACGACUUCGAGGUACGCUGGAAGUUGAAAGCAAAAGACUCGUAUACGGUUGUAGAAACAACCUGUCCAGCACAGUCAUUUUGUUCUGCAAUCGAUUGUACAGUAUGUACGGCAAAUGUUCUAAAUCCAGAGUGCUGGCCACUUGCAGCGAUAACGGGAUUAGGUAUAAUCCUGUACCUAUUGGUCGCUAUUUGCUACACGAUAUGCUAUGUGCCAGUAACUGUAGGUCGACCGUUCCGAAUCAUGCUCAAAGGGAUCCGCACAGUAGCAAGCCUAUUCGGACAAAUGUUGCUUACAUGCCUCAGCUAUGUCACAGGGAUCUUCAAAAGAGGACCACGACAACGUUCUUCGAGAAUUAUGGAAGCACUAGCAGUCGUAGCAGCUGCAUUAGCCAUCGGAGCAUUGGCUUGUCAAGAGGUUAACUGCGAAUGUACACCUGCGGAAAAUCAGGUGAUGUGUAAAUGCGAAGAAGACGAAGUCGAAAAGACCUUCAUGAGCAUAGAAAACGCAUUACCGGUGAUCCGUGAUCAGGUACAAUUUUCAAAGCACCCCCAUCAUGCCGUCAUAGCGAAAAUAGAGCACGAUGUGUCUGCGGAAUUUACCCUGACUUUGAAAGAAGCUGCCACUGACUUGAUUACUGAAAUCAAGGAAGACAUUUGCACGAUCGAAAAUGCCGAUAUCACCGGGUGCUAUCUGUGCAGCAAGGGAGCACGAGCUAAAAGAAUGUCAUCGUCGAAGCAAGAGGACGAGUUUACAAGAAAGCGUCAAGCCCAGGAACGCAAGCUGAUCGACGAAAUAAAGUACAAACGUUCGUGCGUCAGACUGGCGUCUACGUUCCCUUCGGAAGAAGACAUUCAGAAGAAGAUACGUAGAUUUGUAAAAUCGAUCUUGUUGCUCGUUAAGUCUAACUCUCUUUCUGAAGCCUUUGCUGAAUUGCGUGGGACUAAGCCCAAACUUUUUGCGAGCAUGGAGGCGACGCUCUACAAGAGUCGCUUAGAGAAACUUCAUCUUGAAGCCUGCUACACGUGCGAAAGGAUCCGUAGCACUGCCGAAGCACUAUCGAUGGCCUAUGAAGUGUACGGACUUCUGGUUCUAUCAGAUGAUAAAGUGGCGGACUCUCGAGAUCGCUUUUACGACAAGGAAGAGCAAGGCGUAGCCAUGGAACCGAAUUUCACGGCUGACUUCAUCAGAAAGGAGCUUGACUUUCUUGCCGACCUUAAGCACCAGGUAGAGCAUGAGAUCAGAGAAGCCCAGCUCCAAGAAGAAAGCGAACGGCAUGCCAGCCCUCUUGAUGCAGUGAAGGAACUGAUCUCCAGCUUGCGAAAGGAGCAGGAAGAACAGCACAUGGAACUUUUGCGAAAGAUUGAUGGCCAGAACGAGACCAUAAAGGAGAUGUCCGAAAGACUCGAGUCUCUAUCUGCCGCUGCGAUGAAGAUACAGGAGGACCAAGAGCAUCCGGAAGACCUGCUCUCAAAGGGACAAGCCGAAUCGAUGCAGGGAGACCGUGAAAGUGUCGAGAAGGCACCGUCAGAGCAUGUCGAGGAACCCGUUGGAAGAGACACUGCUUCUGAAGAACCGGAGGAAGAUCUCUUGGACCUAAUGGACGACUAUGAAUUUGACGUUGCGCAAGAUGAUGCCGAGUCCGAUAGAUCAGAAAGGCGUAGUCCGCAGCCAGUGCAGUAUCCCGGAAAUCAGGCAAGGAUUGAACUGGAAAGGCGUAUAGCUGAGAUAAGAGCAUACUUGAACGAGAACAGAGCCGUACCAGAGAGGUGCAUCCGCCAAGUUGACAAAAUGAGAGACCAAAGACCGUUACCUGAUUUGCUCCUUCUGUCUAAUCAAAGGGACUCAUUAUUCGGACAGUUGCCCGAGAUACGCCAGUGUUGA